GGUAACCUAGAAUAGUAUAAAAGUUACCGCGCACCACCAAACCGUAUCACUUGCUGUAGUGAAUUUUAUAUAACAUAAUGGCAGCCAAGCUUGUAGUAUUCCUGUGCGCAGUAGCGGCCGCCAAAGCCGGAGGGCUUUACGGCUCACCUUACGCCGCGUCGUACGCCUCGCCGUACGCCUCGCUUGCGUCGUACGCAGCGCCAGCCUUAUCGUCGUACGCCGCUGCCCCCUUGGCGUCUUACGCCGCGCCCGUAGCCACAUACGCCUCUUCCCCGGUUAUCAAAAGCUACGCUGCGCCUGCGCUACCCGCCUACUCCGCGCCGAUUGUGAAGGCCGUUGCUCCCGCUGUGUCAUCUGUGUCGUCGUACACUACUCAUACCGCUCAUGCCGCGCCGGUGUACGCUAAGGCGGUAGCACCUGUUGCUUCGUACGCCGCUGCGCCUGUAGCGACUUACGCCGCGCCCGCUCCCGUCGCCUACUCCGCACCUGCUCCCGUCGCCUACUCCGCGCCAGCCUACGCUCACGCUGCCCCUCUGAGCUACGCCUCAGCGCCCCUGGCGUCUUACGCCCCAGCCUCGUAUGCUGCGUACUCCGCCCCGCUGGUAAAGUCAGCCGUGGCGUACUCAGCAGCUCCUGCAGUCUCCCACGUCGCAUACAACGGUUUGGCUAAUUAUGGCUGGUGAUCACCUCGAACGAAUGUGUAAAAUCUAGUUAUUUUUUGUAAUUGAGAAAAAGUUUAUUUUUAUACAAUUUGAAAUUAAAAACAGUAUUUUUCUAAA